ACACGUGGAAGCUUCUUUCGUUACGAUUUGUCUCACAAAUUGCUGCAAUAUGGACACCUCACUGUCUGCUACCAAGAUCCGCCAGAUGUAUAUGGAUUUCUUUAUUCAAAAGAAGGAUCAUAUUUAUGUCCACUCAUCCUCAACUAUUCCUAAGGAUGACCCAACACUGCUGUUUGCCAAUGCUGGCAUGAACCAGUUCAAACCACUUUUCCUUGGAACUGUUGACCCCAACAGUGAUAUGGCAAAAUGGAUUCGUGUUGUAAACACCCAAAAGUGCAUUCGUGCUGGUGGCAAGCAUAAUGAUUUGGAUGAUGUUGGAAAAGAUGUAUACCAUCACACAUUCUUUGAAAUGUUGGGAAAUUGGUCAUUUGGAGACUACUUCAAGAAAGAAGUAUGUACAUGGGCUUGGGAGCUACUAACUGAUGUGUUCCAACUACCAAAAGACAGGCUUUAUGUAACAUAUUUUGGUGGCAAUGAAGCCACUGGUCUUCAGCCAGAUGAAGAAUGUAGACAAAUUUGGUUGUCUCUUGGGCUUCCGGCGGAGCGAAUUUUACCAGGAUCGAUGAAAGACAAUUUCUGGGAAAUGGGCGAUGUUGGUCCCUGUGGCCCUUGCUCUGAGAUCCAUUUUGACAGGAUUGGUGGAAGAGAUGCCGCACACCUCGUAAACAUGGAUGACCCGGACGUACUGGAGAUCUGGAAUCUCGUGUUCAUGACUUUCAAUCGAGAAACUGAUGGAUCUCUUAGACCAUUGCCAAGGAAGCACAUUGAUUGUGGAAUGGGUUUUGAACGACUUGUUUCUGUUAUUCAAGACAAACGCUCAAACUAUGAUACAGACAUCUUUCAGCCAAUCUUUGAAGCAAUCCAAAAGGGUACAAACGCUCCACCGUAUCAAGGAAAAGUUGGAUCAGAAGAUGUGAAUGGGGUUGACAUGGCGUAUCGUGUGUUAGCUGAUCAUGCCCGCACAUUGACGAUUGCCCUGUCCGACGGGGGACGCCCAGACAACGUUGGUAGAGGGUAUGUCCUUCGCCGGGUGCUUCGUCGUGGAGUUCGUUAUGCCACUGAAAAACUGAAUGCCAAACCAGGAUUUUUUGCAAGUUUGGUGCCCACGGUCUGCCAAGUUCUCGGUUUAACUUUUCCUGAGGUCAACCGUGACCCUCAGCUUGUGAUAGACAUCAUCAACGACGAGGAGACGCAAUUUUUGAAGACACUGACGCGAGGCCGAGAUUUACUAGAGCGCACAAUUUCCAAACUCAAUGGCCAAACCACUCUGCCGGGUGAUGUCGCAUGGCGACUGUACGAUACCUAUGGUUUCCCUGUCGAUUUGACCCAACUCAUGAGUGAGGAGAAGGGUCUGACUAUUGAUAUGGUGGCUUACGAAGAAGCAAAGAAACAGGCGCAGCUACUGUCUCAAGGAAAGGGGUCAGGUGUUGACGACACCAUCGCAUUUGACGUCCACGCCAUCACCGAACUGCAAAAUAAAGGAGUUCCGCCUACAGAUGAUUCGUUUAAGUACAAUUAUAAAGCGGUUUCUGAUUCGGUCGAUAGCCCAUAUGAGUUUGACAUUUGCACCAGCAAGGUGAUCGCAAUCCGCUACCAGAAGGCUUUCCAUCAAGAGGUGUCGAGUGGAGUAGAGUGUGGAAUUCUUUUGGAUAAAACAUCUUUUUACGCAGAGUCUGGUGGCCAAGCGUAUGAUGAGGGUUUCAUAACCAAAGUCGACGAUGAGGCAACUGAAUUCACUGUCAAGAAUGUGCAAGUUCGUGGAGGUUAUGUUAUUCAUUUGGGCAAUGUGGAAGGUACAUUGCGAGUCGGUGAUGAGGUCAAGCUUAGUAUUGAUCAAUCUAGGAGGAGAUUGAUCAUGAGCAAUCAUACAGGAACUCACGUUCUUAAUUAUGCCCUCAGACAAGUUGUUGGAAUGGAAGCUGAUCAACGAGGAUCACUCGUGGCGCCUGACAGAAUGCGGUUUGAUUUUACCAACAAGGCUGCCAUGACCCCAGAGCAAGUUAAGCAGACCGAGCGUAUUGCAAACGAAAUGAUCAGUAAGAACGAGGAGGUCUACGCAAAGGAAUCUGCUUUAGUUGUUGCCAAAGCUGUUCAAGGACUUCGCGCAGUUUUCGAAGAAACCUACCCCGACCCAGUACGCGUUGUUUCAAUUGGAAUACCUGUUGAACAACUUGAAGCAGAUCCAUCAAAUCCGGCUGGUAAUUCCACAUCCAUUGAGUUUUGCGGUGGAACACACGUGAAGCGGUCCGGACAUAUUGGCGAUUUCAUUAUCUCUUCAGAGGAGGCUAUUGCUAAAGGAAUCCGUCGUAUUGUGGCCAUUACUGGUCCAGAAGCGUCCAAAGCAUUGAAGAAAGCCGAACUUCUCCAAAAGGAAGUCGACGUUUUGUCGGGAAAAGUCGAUGCCUUCGUCAACCAAAAAGACAAAUCCCUGACAGUAAAGGAGCUUUCUCGCAUCAUUGUAGAUCUAUCUGACGAUGUAUCUCAAGCCAACAUCGCAUACUGGAAGAAGGACGAUCUCCGUAACGUGUUGAAGAGUUUGAAAAAGCGUGCCGAUGAUGUUGAACGUGCAAUUAAAGCUGCUGUCGUGAACGACGUUGCUGAGGCUGCCAAGAAAUUGAUCGGAGAACGCAGCAAUACCCCUUUCAUUGUACACGAAUUCAACGCCUUCUCCAAUAGCAAGGCUCUUGAUGGUGCGUUGAAGCAAGUGAAAUCUCUAUCGCCGGAAACUGCUGCCAUGUUUUUCAGCGUAGACGCCGAAGCAAACAAAGUUGUAGUGCUGGCCGCUGCUCCCAAGGGUGCGAACGAUCGUGGUCUCAAAGCUAAUGAAUGGGUUGCCGAUGUCAGUGGCCUUCUUGACGGGAAAGGUGGUGGUAGUGCUGGAUCCGCCCAAGCAACUGGAAACAACCCUGCCGGUCUGGCUGAAGCUAUGAAGAAAGCCACAAUGUUUGCCCAAUCGAAACUCGGAAUCGUGGCUGAAAUUGCGGCGUCUACAGCCAAACUCGGGGCAGAACCUGUUGAUGGACCAACAUUAUUCUCCACUUCUGGGAGUGUUCGUACGAACAUUGCAUUAAUUGCUGCUCAGUAUGCCAACACGAAGUUGAACGUGCUAACGGACUUGCCAUCAUCAACAUUCAUCUCAAACAAAUUUCCUGCAUUGUCUGUUGGAGAUGUCCAAAUAUCGGGACUCGCUCCUAUUGCCCUUUAUUUGGCUCCCAAUUCUUUGAAAGGAAACGGUGCGUUGGAGGAGGCUCAAAUUCUUCAAUGGAUCAAUCUAGCCGAACAUGAACUGCUACCCGCUGUGUUAGUUUUGCUCGAUGCCUCUCCCAACGCUAAGCCGGUGCAAAACCGCGCUCGUCAAGAGAUCCAACUUUAUCUAGAAAUUCUGAACAGUAUUUUGCUAACUCGCACAUAUCUCGUCGGCGAAACUGUAACUCUCGCCGAUAUAGCUGUCGUCUGCACCCUUGCUCCGGUUUUCCAGCGUGUAAUGGAAGGUCUUGGUAGUUCGAAGUCGGCCAACGUUUUGCGAUGGUUCAACACAAUUACACCGCAACCGAAUGUCAAACAUGUCAUCGGCGAUGCCAAGUGAUGGGCUGGACCCCCUAAACGCAGCUUGUCACUCAGGUCUGUCGUUGACCUUUAACCAACUGUGCCCUUUUUUUCACGUUGUUGGUUUCUUUUAGAGACGAAAGUGGUGUGUUAUCUUAUUGGCGAAAAAGCAUUAUCAUUAAAUCGUUGAGUCGUUCCUUCAGUGCUGAUUAAGAGUGUAGUUUUUGUUUACCUUUGGUGCGAGGGUUAUCGAAGUUGGAGAUUAAAUAAAAAGAACGAAUUAUA